UUUCGCACGGUGCAGUUGUUUAAAUAAACGAAAAAUUAGGACAUUGGGUUUAAGGAUAGGUUGAAUGCAAUUCUUAUUCCGAAUACAUUUCAUCCAGAGUGCGUCUAGAUAGACGAACAUUUAUUACAAUGUGAAUAUAGAAACCAGUGAAAAGGUUGAUUCAAGUGUCACUGAAAUAAUUGCCUAAAUUUGCAGUGAAUUGAUUAGUUCUAUGUUCUGUGAAAGGGAUAAUCACCCGUCCACAAACGCUAUGCUCUCGCCAGCCAGUUUGGGAGAAAUUAAGGAACGAAUCAGCAAAAACGAAGAAAAAAUCAACGUGUUACAGGCAAUCAACAACGUUCUGAAGGAACGCCAUGAGAUCGAAUCAAACUACAAAAAUUUGGCACUGAAAUUUCGUGAUAUGCAAGAAGAGGAAAGUCUACGACGGGCAAAGUUUGACGAAGCACGCAAAAGGCAGUUGGAGGAGCUGCAGGCCAAGGGUGAAGCCCUAUGCCGGGAAAAGGCCAAACUGCAGCAUCAAAUCGAACACGUGACUUGGCACCUAGAGGGAUGUCGCCGGAGACGACCUUGUCUGGCUCGAUUGCCGGAAAAUUGUCCCUUGAAAGGAGACGCCCCCAGCUGUUUACCCCAUUCGCCUGAGAAACUAAAAAUUAUGGCGAAUAUGAAAAGCACUGCAGACCACCUGGUCAGAGGAAUUAUGGAUUUGAGAAAGAAGAUUCACAUCGUUCAGGAUAAACUAGAGUUUGAGAUUUCGCGUAAAAAAGAUAUGGAAAAGAAACUAGCCGAACUACGGAAACAGAUCUGUCAACACAACAAGUGCAUGCAACAGCCGCAGCAAAGUAACACCCGGGAACAUGGACACCAACAUCAUCAUCAUCAACAUCAUCAUCACAACCACCAUCAGCAGCAGUCAGGGAAUGGUGGUGGCUUAGGAGGAGGAGGUGCCGGUAGUACUUCACUGCCUCCGAUCAAAAACUGUCUGACUACAAAAUAGCAGCGGGCAAACUCGGAAAGUGUCAAGGGAACAACAAGUGUGCGACAUACUCGAGCGCAGGCUAGUCAGUGUCCCCACGGGAAGUUCGUCAAACUACCGAGACCGUGUUCCAAUGUUGAAUUGCCAUAGAUGACCAAAUUACCUAGUCCGGAUUUGUUUCGUUCCGCUACAUAGAUACAAUAUUAUUUCCGUUUGAGCUAGUUUAUUCGUUGUUAAGCUUUGCAUCAAAUGCAGAUAGUUUAAAUAGUUGAAAGAUAAAAUUUUUUGCUAAGGUUAUAUGUUAACUAGAUUUAAAAUACCAGGGAGAAUAAUUAAAAGUAAGCCUAUGCACAAUAUCAUCGAACUUAGUAGACCAUUACCAGCAAAUUCUUUUGUUUUUCUCGCCUUGAACCGAACUGUACAUUUACCAAUUAUAUCCUUUUAUACCUAGUUUCUGGAGGUGUAAUAGUAAAAAUAUGCCUAGGAAAAAUUCUUAA